AUGUAUGAACAUACAUUUAAUUUUGGAUUUUUUGGAAAAGUCGGAUUACAAGAAGGUGGUAUUGGUGCUGGAGUGGUAGCUGGACAUGAAAGCUCGAAUUCUCGAACUCAAGUUAGGGUUGGUCGAAAUUUGCUAGGCUUUGAAGUUGAAGGAAGCCAUAGAAGCAAUACGAGUGAAGGUGCAGUUGAACAUGCUUUAGGUAUUGGAUGGGGCAGAAGAAUAUUGAAUGGGAUUGGUUAUACGGAAAGUCGUGAAAGGAACGGCCAUACAUCAACACAACAGAAUGAUCUCUCACUUCGUCCUGGAAAUGUUGGGUUAAAUUUAACUGAUACUGACUCGCAUAAUAAUUUGACAAUUGGAAGAAGAGCUCAGGUGACCGCUGAUAAACCUAGUUUAUCAAUACAGAAUAUCCUUACAACAGAUACUUCAAAUGAAAUCAACUUAUUUUCUUAUAUUCUUUGA